UGUAUGUCAGUUAUUAGUUUUAGAUAAGCUUAAAAAAAGUUAUGACUUAUAAGUUAUGUUAGGAAAAACUUCAAGUACCAAAUUUAAGUGUAUUAUUCAGUUAUGGGUAUCCGUAUCCAAAUUGCCCGCCUAUUUCGAAUUUUUCGACAUAUUGCAAUUGGAUUAUGGGCCCUAUCUGGUUUAGCUUUAGUUGGAUGUUUUUUGUUAUAUUGGCUGUAUGGAGGGCUUUUGGCAUUCCUAUUGCUCAUAGCUGUAUUCUUAGGUCUUCUUUAUCAAGCUGAGGAUCAUCUUUUAUAUCAUCCCGAAUUACCUCCCCAUGCACGAGCAUUUGUGCCGAUGCCAACGAUGUUUGGUUUACCUUACGAAAAUUUAUAUAUUCGUAGCGGUGAUGGAACCCUGUUACAUAUGUUUUUUAUCAAACAACCAGAUGAUCGAAUUAUGAACUGCCCAACAAUCGUUUUCUUUCAUGGUAACGCUGGCAAUAUUGGACAUAGGUUAUCCAACGUCGCUGGAUUAUAUCAAAAUUUAAAGUGUAACAUAUUGUUACCCGAGUAUCGAGGAUAUGGCCUAUCACAGGGAAAACCUAGUGAAGAAGGUUUAUAUAUGGAUGCAAGAUCAGCUUUAGAUUACAUCACAAGUAGAAAUGAUGUGAAUAAAUCUGAAAUUAUAGUUUUUGGAAGAUCUUUAGGUGGAGCUGUAGCUAUUGAUUUAGCAUGUCGACCAGAAUAUGCAGAUAAAAUAUGGUGCAUAAUUUUAGAGAAUACUUUUACAAGUAUUCCAGAAAUGGCAAAAGUAUUUGUGCACUGGCAAUGCAUUAAUUAUUUGCCAUUAUGUUUUUAUAAAAAUAAGUUUUUAUCAUCAUAUAAAAUAACAAUGUUGAGGGUGGCCGUAUUAUUCAUAUCAGGACUUGGUGAUACUUUGGUACCAUCCAGAAUGAUGAAUGAAUUACAUUCAAGAUGCGGUAGUGAAUUAAAACAGAUUAUACAAAUUGUGAAUGGUACGCACAAUGAGACUUGGACAAUGCCAGGUUAUUAUAAGCAUAUUGCAUGCUUUCUACAAAGCAAUAUAGAUAAAAAAACAAUUUUGAAUCCAUCCAGUAAUGAUUCGUCAAUAACACGAACGUGGCAAAAUAUACAGAACAUAUAAAUUAUAUUUUACAUAUUUAAUUAUGUAUUUUAUUAAAUAUGAGUUUUGUCCAAGUGUAUAGAAUAUUAAAAGUGCGUAUUCAUAUUUUUUUCGUCUAGUUUUAAGCAUGUAGGACGGGCAUAAUUAUAUGCAUUUAUAAUUUA